AUGGCCGACCAAAAGAACGCCUUCCAGGCCCUGUCAAGCGAUAAUCGCGGUAGUAUCAUCACCUUGACCUCGGUAUCCCUUCUGAUUGUGGCCAUAAUCUUUGUGCUCGCUAAGGUCAGUUCGGUGGUUUAUUUCAAGCAGCGACGGACAGCAGUCAAUACUCCCAUCUGGGUCGCUUUGAUUCUUGCAAUUGUCCAAGUCGUCGUCUUACAGAAGGCUGUUGACCAUGGACUGGGAAAGCACCAGGACCGGCUUAGCGAAGGCGAUAUUCAGGCCUGGAGCAAGUUCGCCUUCGCUGCUCAUAUUCUGCUCAUCAUUGUCUUGUCUCUUUCGAAAAUGUCGACCAUCCUGCUGGUUUGGAAGUUAUCGCCGAGUAAGAGCCUCUGUCGCAGCUGUGCUGUUACGGCUGGUAUAGUUGUCGGGUGGUCGAUACUCGCAAUAUUGAGUAUAGCUUUUCAGUGUGAAUUGCCCGAUCUGUGGCUAUACUCCCCCGAGCGAUGUGCUGGAGAGGGUGCCCUAUUCUACCUGAUCGCGGUCUUCAACAUCCUCACAGAAAUUAUCAUUGUUGUCCAGCCGUUUCUUAUGAUGCGGAAUGUCCAGAUGGCCUGGCACAAGCGGGUGAAGAUUCUGUGCUCCUUCUCUUUGCGCCUAAGUAUCGUCGGCCUCGGAAUCGCCCACCUAGCCCUCCUGCCUUCAUUCGUUCACUCAACCGACGUCUCCUGGGAUAUUGUCAUUUGGGAAACAAUCGGCCAGACGAUGAUGCUCACAGCCGUCGUAACCGCCUGCGUCCCAACCCUCUACCACAUCUUCGCCGGCCUGCACUCUGGCCUGACAACAACGCAGAUCCCCGACGGGAUCGGGCUCGAGCUCCCGCAGACCAAGGCUAGCGGGUAUAUCAACCAAUCCUCCUCGGGAGCAAGCCAGUCGCAUUCGCGUGAACGCUCGAAGAAGAAUGGACGGUCAAUGUUUGAUGGAUGGGGAGGUGAGACCGGGGUUGUCACUGAGGUUUCGUCGGGUCAGGAUUUGAAUCAGAAUGGUGAGGGUGGUAGGCAGUCUAGUUCGAGCGAGGGGACCGAGAGUACGCGGCAUUUGACGCAGAAAUCCCAAAGGCAGGGAGCCGUGCUAAGGACGGUGGAUAUUACGGUGGAGGUUAAGGAGCCCUACCAUCGGGACCGGAGUUGA